UGACGUUCCUCGCCAACCUCUCCCUCGUCCCCCAGCACACGUGCUGGAAGUGUCCUGCCGACCUCCUGUCCAUCGCCAUCGAGGGCAUCGAGGCCUUCCGUGCACGAUGCCAAGAGCAUCACAAGAGGACGCGGGAUGACCGUAUCAAGCGCAAGUCACGCAAGAAGCAGCGCAAGCAGGUCCUCAAGGACAAGGCGGCUGAGCUCAAGGUUCGUUGUCAACACAACUACUGAUGGACCUUAUCUGGAAUGACUCUUCGUGUUGUGUGUGUGUGUGUAGGAGGCCUGCGGCGACGACAAGGAGGCAUUCGAGGCCAAGUGGAAGGAGUACCAGGCGGAGAACAAGGCCCUGGUCGAGGAGAGGGUGGCAGGCGAGCAAGAGGCGGCGAAGCAGACGCGCGUUGCCAAGCGUGCGGCUGAGAAGGAGCGGCUGAAGGAGAGCCUCGACAAGGACGACCACACUCGCCAGCUGCUCGACACGGUGGCCAAGAUGUUCGCUGAGCAGCUGGGAAAGGACCUGGAGGCGAUGAAGCAGAAGAAGACGGUCAACUACGCUGCGGUAAGACAACACAGCACACCACCAACCCCCUUGCACCGAGGCCCCCCUUCACUCCUGUCAUGCUAUGCUUGUGCGCUGUCUGUCUGUCUGUCUGUCUGUGCAGAAGUGGGCUCCCUCCCUCAAUGGGUAUCACGACAACAUCACCCAGCUGGCCGGCGCCAUCGCAGCCGAGCUCUACGCAGACCGCACCGACCUGACGCCCCAGCAGAAGAAGGACCUCUACCGCAAGGAGUUCCUCAGCCCCCUGCGGGCCUACACCGACGUCCCUGAGGUCUUCAUGUCGGCCAACAAGUGGGAUCAACUGCCCUACGAGCGUGUGCCGUCCCGCUGUAUGAAGCUGAACAAGAAGGCGUUCGUCAAGCACGACGGUGAGCGGUUCGCGGCCUUCCUCGAGAAGGUCGUCAAGGGCGAGAAGAAGAUCGCGGCCGGUGCAGUGUUGCCUCACGAGCUGCUCAAGCCCUUCAUGAACACCUACUUCAGCCGCCAGGAGGACAACCAGUCGGAGGCCGAGAAGCAGACCAACGAGUUGCAGUGGAACAGAUUGGUGGCCGACCUCAUGGCCAAGGGCGGCGGCUGCCCCCUCAAGAACAACGUGGCCGUCUGUGACGUCUCGGGGUCGAUGACCGGCGAGCCCAUGGAGGUCGCCAUCGCACUGUAAGCCACCACACACACAGACGACAAGACACAAUGCAUCAUGCUCAUCAAGUGUGUGUCUUUCCUCUGUGUCUGUCUGUCUCUGGUCGAUUGAUCAGGUCGCUGAUCACUGCCCAAGUCAGUGAUGAGCCCUGGGGCAACACCAUCAUCACCUUCAGCCAGAGACCCACGUUCUUCUCCAUCGACCCACAGCAGACGCUCGAGCAGAAGGUGCAGGCCAUCCAGCGCAUGGAGUGGGGCAUGAACACCGACCUGCAGGCCGUCUUCGACCAGAUACUCGCCAGGGCCAAGGAGUUCAGCGUCCAGCCGGACGACAUGCCGCAGCAGCUCUUCAUCUUCUCCGACAUGGAGUUCGACUGCGCCACCGGUCAGAGUCACGGCCGCAAGAAGACCGACUUCAACCUCAUCCAGGACAAGUACGCCGAGGCGGGAUACCCCAUGCCGCACAUCAUCUUCUGUAAGCCCUCCCCUCCCCCCGUCAAACACACACACGACGCCCUUUAUCAUCCCCUGGCGCUCUCUCUCUCUCUGUCUGUGUGUGCAGGGAAUUUGCGUGCGAGCGGGAGCAAGCCCACUGUGGCGUGCGAGGAGGGCGUGGCGCUGCUUAGCGGCUUCAGCAGCAACCUGCUGACGGCCUUCAUGAGCGGCGAGCUGGAGCAGUUCACGCCUCAGUCAGUCAUGAUGGACAUGCUCAACAAGGACACCUACAACGGCCUCAAGGUCAUCGACUAACUCAAGAGGGCUGGGAGGGCUGGGUGAGAGGGGAGGGAGGGGACAUUGCAUGUGUGUGUGACAUGAGCGGCGUGGGGGACCCAAUGACCAGUGAGUGGCCCUCGCGCGUUUUUCCCGUCAAGUCAAGUGCAUUGGUGUGCGCCGUGCCCACGAAUUGGGGACGUGACCGACACAGACAGCACAGAGGGAGAGUGGCUGUGGGUUUGUGGGUGGGUGGGGAAGGGCAUAGUGUUGCUACGUAGGUUGUUUGUCCGAGUGUGUGUGUAUGCGUGUGUAUAUGUGAGUGAGUGCUGGGCUGCCCGUCUGCAGGUGUGACUGUCUGUAACUGAAUGCAUCCCUAGGUCCGUCAGUCAGUCAGGUGUGAAUGUGUCAAGGAAGGUCUGUCUGUGGUGUUGUGUGUGGUUCGUAUGGCCUGCCUAUGUAAUUUUGUGUCAAUUACUGAUGUGAUCGAUGACUGACUGACUGACUGACAUACUGACACCUAUGCCAGCCAGGUGUGCAUGUGUGUACCAGCUGGACAUGAUGAAUGACUGAUGAAUGAAUGAAUGCAAUGUGAGUACGUCAAUGUCCCUCUUAUGACAGCCCUCGCACACACACACACAGACAGACAGACAAGGCCCUGCCGACAUGGAUGCACUCCGCCGUCUUGACCACCGGACAUUUCUUCUUCGGCCUCCUCCUUCGUGCCUCACUUGCUAUAUGUCGUCGGUCUUUGUAGGCCGCAGCAGCUUACAGCAUUUGCUACGCAGCUACCUCUUCGGCAUACCAUAGCAACUCUAACAUACAUGGUCAAAACGCUGCCUACCUGCCUGUACGUCUGCGUGAGGCCCUAGCCAUCACACACACGCAGCCAGGCCAAAGACAGGCAGCCACGCUAGUUGAGGGAUGUCUGUUUUGGUGUGGGCUGGGCUGUUAGGCA